AUGACAGAUUACGCUCUAACAGAGCCACAGCGAUUUACGAGGCAACAGCAUAAUAAUUAUAAUAAUCAAGUAGGCCAAAACUGGGAAGCCUCUAGCAUGCCAGCUCAAGAAAUGCAAAAUUAUGAGCAAACAGUUAGCUCAACCUCAGUAAAUAACUGGGUCAUGCACGGUAACCCUUCUUAUGCCGCUCAAGGAAAUACAUACCAGGCAAAUGGUCAAAACGGGAUUUCGUCAGGUUACGGUACAUCUGUAUCAGAGCAGCCCUCAACAAACCAUGUCAACGUACAUCGAACAAUUUCAAAUAGUAUAGGUAUAUCGGUUAAUACAUCUAACCUUCCGGUAGGUAGCGCUAAUGUAAUCAGUACAGACGCUGGUAAAAUCAUUUGUGUUGCAGAUGUAAGAGGCAACAUUUCUCAAUUGAAUCAACUCGCAAAACAAACCGGUGCUAUUGCUGUUAUUCAUUCGGGCGAUUUCGGAUUUUAUGAAAAUAAUAGUCUGGAACGAAUUAGCGAUAGGACUUUACGUCACCUUGUUACUUAUAGUACUAUCAUACCUACACAAUCAAGAAACAAACUUCUUCAUAAUUCUACAUCUCCAGAGGAGCUACGUCGCACAAUUCUUGAAUCACCUACUCCUCUAUUAUCUGAAUUUCCACUUUUCAUGAAAGGAGAUAAAACACUCGAUGUUCCUGUAUAUACAGUAUGGGGUGCAUGUGAAGAUGUUACUGUUUUAGAAAAAUUUAGGAUGGGACAUUACAAAGUGCAUAAUUUAUUUAUUUUAGAUGAAGCCAACACUUAUGUAAUCGACGUGGGUGGCGUAAGUUUAAGAUUGUUUGGAUUAGGUGGUGCCGUGGUUCAACAUAAACUCUUUGAUAAUGGCGACGGUAUUGCAACCAUUGCCGGGGGUCAUGGAACUAUGUGGACAACUAUUUUACAGAUAGGUGAAUUGGUUGAUACUGCUCAAAAAGUGUUCGAUCCAACUGAGACGAGAGUACUUGUCACACACGCUAGUCCUGGUCGUGAGGGACUUUUAGCGCAAUUAUCUGUUGUUUUACGUGCUGACUUCACUAUUUCCGCUGGUCUUCAUUUCCGUUACGGCAUUUCAUACAACGAGUUUUCUGUACAAGUUGACCAAGCAAAUUUUUGUAAUAAAUUAGAAGCCUCCAAAAAGUGCUUCUAUGAAAUGUGGGAGUCUGUUAAAAGUCAAGUUGAAGGAUAUAUUGAUGAUUCUCAGAGAGUUCUAUUGCAAAACGCACUCACUGUUGUAGAUAAAGUUCCAUCGGUUAAUAGAGAAAGGGAAGAGCCUUCCUUUAAAAAUAUGUGGAACUUUAAUCUGCCCGAUGCUGCAUUUGGUUGGGUAUUAUUGGAUAUUAAAGAUGGUAGAGUAUCUGCCGAGACAAAAGCACAAGGUUUCAAUUUCGCUUAUCGUCGAGCCCCAACGACUAACCCAAUUACAGGCGCGCCCCAAAGUACGCAGAUAGGUGCGCCCACCAGUCCAUCACCCAUGAAUCUCCAAACUAGACGAACCCAAUCACAAUGGCAGCCUUCUCCCGCCCUUGUUCCUCAACCACACAUAAGUGCUGGGCCGUCGCCGAUUUUAGCUCCUCAAAGAUCAUCAUCUCCAACUCAGAUCACGUCACCUAAUGAACUUAAUAGUAAUGGUUGGAAACCAUGGAAUAAUAAUAAUGAGCCUUCAUCUCCUACAAAUGAAGACUCUACAUCACAAAAAGUUUUAGAUACGAAUAAUGAUACUGCUGAACGUGAUUCAUCAAAAAUUGCUGGAAGUGAAGUCAGUAAUAGUAGCCAGACAGACACUAUAAUUACCAAUAACAGUAAUACUAUUAGUAAUAAUGAUACCGCAAAUACUUUUGUUUCAGAAAAUAUCAUUUCUAAUCAAAUAAAUGGAAACGUAGACAGUGGUGGUAAUUGGGCUGAUCAAACACAACAUGAAUCUACUUGGUCAAAAGUAGAUUCGAAUGAGCCCAGUCAGGAUCAUAUUAACACUGUGCCGCAAAAUCGCAACCAAUAUAAUAAUCGUCGCAAUAAUGUUAAAAGCCAAUUUUCUACUUACGUUGGUAACUUGACACCUCCUGUAACUGAGGAAGAUCUUAGAGGAAUUUUCGAACAUACCGAUUGCCAGAUUGAAAAGGUUCGCUUGAUGUAUGAUCAACAAACUGGGGUUCAACGUACUUUUGCAUAUGUAGAAUUUAGUGAUGCUGCAUCACAAGAAGAGGCUAUUCUAUUAAAUGGCCAGUGGUGUGUUAUAAAACAAAAUUUUGAGUUGGGUGAAUGUCAUUUCCGUCGUUUCAUAGCUCUUGAAUGUCUUACGAAUAAAGGUUGGUGA